GCUGCUAUUCUAGUAAUUACAGUAGGCUUGGUUUGUGUAAGAAGUACUGCUUCCUGGGAGAUUUCACCUCUCUCUGUCAGAGAGACGGACAAAACUGGAAAAGAUAUAAUUUUUAAUUAAUGAAAGCUGAAAGAGGAACCAGUUAUUACUAAUGGUAUAAGAAAACAGCACAGUGCAAUAUACACACUGCCACAGUGCGUAUUCAUUUGUAUACUUACAACUUUCAUGUGGCUGUCACUUUCAGGAAAUAGGAAAUCAUAUGGAAACAAUGACACCGGCAGACAGUCCUCACCUGCUCUUAGGCAGAGUUCGCUUCUUACUAGAGUGUAUUGAAUGUUUCAGAGAGACUAAACCCCUGCCUGAAUCUCUCUGCUAUGUACCUAAAGAUGUCUACUACAAGAUUUGCAAGGAUUCUCCAUCAACUACAAUCUCCACAGUGAAGAGCAUUAUCCCGGUCUGGGAAUCACCAUGCCAGUCCAAAGAUAUCAAGAAACUCUUCAGGUUUAACAUUGAGGUGGAAAAAGGCACUUGCAUCCAUGCCACUGGGGAGGAAUACUUGAACAGCUAUGGGCUAUGGGUGAAAAUGAACAAAGAACAGCUAGAAAAAUACAAAAGUGGAUGUGACCUGGAAGAAGGCUGGAUUUUAUUGUGCAAACAUACUGAAGGGUGUAACAGAUUAGUGCUAUAUGAAUCAUCAGAGCGAUUGCAAAAUCAACAGCUAGUGUAUGGCUAUGAUUACAAACCAGUCAACAGGUGGGAACAGGUGGUUGAUGCAAAACACAUGUGUACCAUUGGACUGAAGAUAAAAUCUGCAGAGAUGGACAAAGUGGCUGUAGAAAGGAUGAGGUAUGUUCCACCAACCUGGAAUUACGAUUGUGAUGAACAGCUUGUACACUGUGUUGCUGCUUCUACAAAUGAUGAAGAACUUGGCAAUGUCAAACAAUACGUGGAUAAGAUUGAAGUUUCAUCUCAUAUGGAUGAAUCAUACAGUAUGAAUCUGACAGAUGGAUCUACUUUGACAUGCUGGCAGAGUUCAAGUGGUGAAAAACCACACUGGAUACGUUUACACAUGAAGAGAGGUGUAUCUAUCAAGAAACUUAAUCUGAUAGUCCAGCCAAGUGAUGAUAGCUAUUUGCCAAAGACGAUAGCCGUGUACUGGAAGCAGCACAAUGACAUGAAGAAACUGAAUGAAAUCGAUGUUGAAGACUUUUCAAGUACAGAAAUUUGUGUUUUGGAAGAUGCAACUAACUUUAUGAAUGUAAUAGAAAUCCACAUCCUGGAAUGCAAAGAUGGAGGGAGAGAUGUCCAAAUCAGAGGGAUAAGCAUCACGUCUUUGUCAUCCAGCCUUGGAUUAAAUGCAGAUGUAUUCCAGUCAGCUAACCUCAUCCGUUAUCCACGUCUUGAAGGGGUAGACACAGAUGUGUUGUAUCGACGUGCCGCUGCCAUUCAGAGGUUUGUGACAGUACUGGAUAAUCUGAUAACUCACCUUGUCCCUACCUGGAAUUACAGUGUAGGCACCUUUCUUCAGCUUAAGUAUAUCAAGCAGCUUCUUAUGCUCUCCAAAUGUCGUUCCACACUCAUGUCUGAGUGCCUGAAGGAGUCGGAAACCCAGCACCCCUCUUCAUCACCCACUGUGACUAUCAACAGAAGGCUGGCUAUGGAACACCGUGAAAAUGUUUCCCUUGAUCCUAGCUCCAAAAAUACUGUCUUCUGUCAGAUAUAUGAUGGCCUGAAGUAUUCAAAAACCUGUCGAAAACCACUCGAUUACAGGUGGAGUUCAGAAUAUACUCAAUGGUGGGAAUGCAAAUUUGUCUCAGAGGGCAUGUCAGAUCAUGGUGGUGGCUUCCGUGAAAGCAUCUCUGCCAUUUCAGAGGAGCUGUGUCCAAGUUCAAUGGACAGUCCAGUACCACUGCCUUACUUUGUGAGAACCUCCAAUCAAGGUAAUAAUACAGGUGAGGGCAGGGACAUGUAUGUCCCAAACCCUUCCUGCAAAGAUUUUGCCAGAUAUGAAUGGAUUGGUCAACUUAUGGGAGCUACAUUCAGAGGGAAGGAAUUCCUGGUCUUGUCAUUACCCCCUAUUGUUUGGAAACAACUUUCAGGAGAGGCAGUCAGCUGGAGUAGAGAUUUCCCUGCAGUGGAUUCCAUGCUGGUAAAACUGCUUGAAGCAUUGGAAGCCAUGGACAAAGAGGCAUUUGAGUUUCAAUUUGGCAAUGAACUGACGUACACAACAAUGCUUAGUGACCAGAAGGAAGUAGAACUAAUCCCAGGGGGCAGCCAUAUCCCUGUUAAGUAUGAAGAUAGAAAGGAAUUCAUUCAACUAGUUCAAAAAGCCAGACUACAGGAGAGCAAGAAACAGAUUGCAGCGAUACAAGCUGGAUUGCUAAAGGUGGUACCACACAUUGUUUUGACUCUGCUAACCUGGCAAGAGCUGGAAAAGAAAAUCUGUGGGGAUCCAGAGAUUACAAUUGAGGCUUUAAAAAGAUCAAUUGAAUAUGCAGGUGUUGAGCCAAAUGAAAAAAGAGUGAAAUACCUCUGGGAGGCUUUGACGAACUUUACCAAUGAGGAUCGCAGUCGUUUCUUGAGGUUUGUCACUGGCAGAAGUCGACUUCCUUCUAGCAUUGUCAUCUGCCACGGAAGAUCAGAGUAUGAUACUCGAAGUGAAAAAUUAGAUUUACUCCCAGAAUCUUCCACUUGUUCCACGACCCUCUACCUCCCAGACUAUCCAAGCGCAAAGGUGUGUGAAGAAAAACUUCGUUAUGCAGUGUAUAACUGUGUGGCAAUAGAUACUGACAUGACUCCAGAAGACUGAGUGCUAAUGGGAAUGUGCAUUCUUCUACACAACCGGAACACAGGAUUAGUCUUCUAUGGGAUUUUCAGUGUAAUAAACUUCAAAUUAAACUAAUAUAUUUCCAUGUGGGAAAAGUAAAUGAUUUAUGCAAUAAAUAUCUUGCCUCUUAA